CUCCGCCCCCGCCCGACCUGCACCCCGCCUACCGCCUCAACCCGUACAUGGAGCACCUCUACUCGUCGCUGCAGCACGCCAGCCCCACCGCCUCCAUCCACGGGUUGGGCCUGCCGCCCGAGUACCUGGCGUCGCGCGCGCUGUCCGACCUGGGCGCGGGGCCCGUGGCGUCGUCGGCGGGCAGCGCCGAGUUCGCCGCCGUGUUCGCGCUGGACGCCGCCGCGGCCGCCGCCGCCGCCGCGCACGCGUCCGGAUGA